GACAGCCGGGACCUCCAGUGGAGUAUUCAACGUUUAUCUGGCGGCGGGGGACGGUGCCCAUAUGGUGGGGGGCGGAGAUCAAGUCGUCUAUCCAGGAUGCAGAGAUAUUCGUAGCAGAGACUCAGGCACAAGGGAUUGCUCCGUACUUUGCCCGCCUGCUACGUCGCUACUCCCCCUCCUCUCUCUCCUCUGACUCCUCCUCCCCUUACUCCUCUCACUCCUCUCGCUCCAUCUCUCAAUCCUCCUCUCAUCCCUCCUCUCUCGCCGCCCUCCCGCCGCCCCGAAAGUUCCCCAUAGUGUGCGUGAACCUGCUCCACAUCGGGGUCGGCAAACCCGAGCUUCUUCUCUCCGACCACUUCCAGCAGGCCGUCCGCUCCGUGCGCUGCCGCCCGGAGCUGCGGGCGGCGUCGCUCGACUUAUUCACGUACGACUGGCACGCGAUGACCAGGGCGGUGGGGGAGGCGGCAAAUGUCGAGGGGCUGUGGCAGCGGCUCAAGGUGUCUCUGCAGGGGAUUGGGUUCACCCUGGGGAGGUGGCACCCGGGGGAGGUGGCAACUGGAUCAGGAGGAGUGGCAGGUGGAGGGGGGACGUUCGGUGGAAGAGGGGCUGCAGGUGGGGGAGGGGCGGGUGGGAAUGCAGGAGGGGGAGAGGAAGGGGAAGUGGGCGAACAGCAGGUGAUAAAGAACUUGGGGUUGCAGGGGGGGGUGUUUGAGGUGGUAAGGCGGCAGCAAGGCAUGGUGCGGUUCAAUUGUGCUGACUCUUUGGAUCGCACCAACGCUGCCAGCUUCUUUGGCGCCCUGCAGCAUGGCAUGGUGCGAUUCAACUGCGCUGAUUCCCUCGACCGCACCAACGCUGCUAGUUUCUUCGGUGCCCUGCAGGUGAGGCAGCUUGAAAAGGUUUUGGGGCCGUGCAGGUGGGACAGGCAGAGUAGAGCAUGUGCUUCAAGGGACAAAUUUGAGGUGGUGAGGCGACAGCAUGGCAUGGUGCAAUUCAACUGCGCUGAUUCCCUCGACCGCACCAACGUUGCCAGCUUCUUUGGCGCGCUGCAGGUGAGAGAGGGGGAGAGGAGAGGGGAGUGGGUGAUCAGGCAGUGGGUGAUAAGGCAGUGGGUGAUCAGGCAGUGGGUGAUCAGGCAGUGGGUGAUCAGGCAGUGGGUGAUCAGGCAGUGGGUGAUCAGGCAGUGGGUGAUCAGGCAGUGGGUGAUCACGCAGUGGUGCCAGCACCUGGGAAUAUCUCUGGAUGCCGCAUGGGCAAGAGGCGGCGGCGGAGGAGCAGGAGGUAGCAUGUCAGGCAGAAGCACAGGAGGAGCAGCAGCUGGAGGCUUUGGGAGCGAGUUCUCCCAGUAUUACAGCGCAGCGUUUGGGGGAGGGGAUGGGGGAGGGGGAACAGGAGGAGGGGCAGGAGGAUGGAGUGGAGGUGGUACACAGGUGGCUGUGCCAACACAGGAGGAGGAGGAGGAUGCAUUAGCAGCCGCGCUGCCUCCCGGGUGGGAGAUGCGAAGAGACCCGUCCCGCAGCAAGGUGUUCUACAUCGACCACAACACCCGCAAAACCACCUGGACCCACCCUUGCCCGCCCCCUCCUCGCGCCGCCACCUUCCCCACUUCCUCCUUUCCCAAUUCGCAGCAGCAGCAGCAGAUUCAGCACCCGCCGCUUCCCUCGACUCUCUCCCGCCUGGGCCUCUCUCGACAUGAGCAUGACUCUCUUGCUCCGCCCCGCUUCGACGUGCGUGUGGGAAGGACUAUCGACUCCCUGCAUUUACGUGCUGAGGGCCUCACCAUCCCCCGCUGCGCCAGCGGCACAGUCCUGCAAUACGCCCUCCCCGCUCCAAAGCCCACCCGUGCCUCUGCUCCCGCUCCUGCUUCUUCUGGUCCUGCUGCCGCUUCUGCGCGCAAGAACGAUGAAUCAGGGGUGGUGACUGGGGGCCAGUGGGUAUCAGCAGCAACAGCAGGCCAGUGGAUAUCACAGCAGGGUGUGUAUGAGAGGGGAGGGGCAGUGUCCUCGUCUUUGCUGUACGACUACACAGAGGAGGGCGAUGGGAGAAUCGACUUCUUGACCCGCUUUGUCUCACUCACCUUCUAUCCGCCUGCUGCUGCUUCUUCUGCCUUUGGUGGUGCCAGCGGCGGUGGCGGUACCGGCAGUUCGGGUUCCCCCAUGACUCUUGGACAGCGCCUUCCCUCCAUCUCCUCCUCUUCUGCCACCCACCGUGCCUGUCCAUCCAUCCUCUCCCUUCUCCCCUCUCCUCCUCCUGCUGCUCCUACCACCGACCCUACUGCGCCUGCUGCUCCUAGUGCUACAGCCACUGCAGAUGGUGGUGGUGCUGCUGCUACAGCCGCUACAGCUGCUGCUGCACCGACAGCGACAUGGAUGCCAGGUGGCGGCUCGCCAUUGGCCAAUCUUAUGGAUGAUGCUAUUCCAAUGCAGCCCCCUCGCACUGCCGCUCUCGCUUCCUCACACCCCACCACACACCCUUCUCCUCCUCCUCCCGAACCUCGGGAUUUUCUCGACUUCCAUUCACUUGAUGCUCCAGGCUCGGCUGCACCAGCGUCUUUGUCUGCUUCUGGUGGAGGUACAACUGGACAGGUUGAUCCGUUCACUUCUGGAUUCACCGACCCUUUCGCUUCGUCCACCAACCCUUUCACCGAACCUGCGUCCGUACCUGGCUCGGCAGCCCUGGGAUCUGCUGCCGAGGCUGAUCUGGUAGGCUUGGUGGGAGGGCUAAGCAUGGGAGCAAGUGGAGUGGGACUGAGACCAGGAGCAACAGGGACGGGAGCAGGGAUGAGUGUGAGCCAACCAGGGGGAUGGGAGUCUUUUGGAGCUUCUGAUAGUGGGGGCUUCCAAACCACUAGUAGCACCAGCAGCGGUGCUGCCAAUACUGCUUCUAAUAAUCCUUUCGCUGUGCCCAGUGCUGCAGACAGCAGCAAGCAACCGGCCCCAAAUAUAGCAGUAACAGCAGCACCAGCAGCGCUGACAGCACCAGCAGCAGCAGCAGCAGCAGCAGCAGCAGCACCAUCACCAGGAGCAGCAGUAGCCGCUCCAUCUACUGCUGCUGAUCUUGAGUGGGCCUCUUUCAAUCCUCCGGCAGUCAGUCAACCAGCUGCUGCCACGUGGCACCCUCUCAUGGCAUCAGAAGCUGACUCACCGUCGUCCUCGCCCCACAGCCCAGAGGUCAAUCAAGGAGAGCAGCAGGGGAGCAGUAUGUCUGCUCCUGUUUCCCAGGGAGCAGGGGUCACUUUUGAGAAUUCUCAAACGAGCAGUGUGUUUGAUUCGCUGCAAGGGAAUGGUGUUUCCGAGGGAAGGGGAGGUGUGGGUUCGCAUGUAACUGGAGCAGCCGCAACAGUGGGGUUAGGGGAAGGGGAAGGGGAAGGGGAAGUCGGGAGGGGAGGAGGGAACAGGGCGGGGGAGAAGGAGCGGGAGGAGGAGAGGGAGGAGGAGGAGGUGGAGAGGAUAGUGAGAAUAGCCCAAGGGGUCAGUGAGGACGUGUGUGAGCAAUGGGGUGCUGCUGCUUUCGGGCAGCUGCUACAAAAAGUUAUGGUGCCCAAGAAGCAACUCCUGUCCAUCGACUUCCCAACAGCCAUGGAGCUUGAAAUAGCUUGCCUGCACCUUAAACAACACACCUUUCCCCCUUUUCCCCCACUGUCCCCCUCCCCGCUCCCCCAAUCCGUCCCACCCAACCAGCAACUCCUAUCCAUCGACUUCCCAACAGCCAUGGAGCUUGAAAUAGCUCGCCUGCGCCUCUCCCUCUCUGCCUCCCAACGAGACUCCAUCCUCUCCGCCCUCCUCUCCCCCCCUCUCUCCUCCUCCUCCUUCUCCUGCUCCCCCUUCCCCCCAACAACCUCCGCACCCCUCCUCGACCCCAACCGCCACGUCAGCACGCCCGACGCGCUGCUGUGCCGCCAGCUGGCUGCCAGCCUGGCAUCCGCGUGCCUCACUGCGAGAGAGGAUGCUGAGAUAGGCGCGAUGGGGUUCAGGUCAACACAUGCGCCUCAUCAGCCCCCGCCAACUCGCUCCUCCUCCCCGCCUCCCCUCCCGCCCCUCUCCCUCACCUCUGCUGUCCCCGCUCUUCCUUCCCUCGCCUUCAUGCUAGAUGCAUCUGCAGCCCCCGCCAACUUGCUCCUCCUCCCCGCCUCCGCUCCCGCCCCUCUCUCUCACAUCUGGCAAGCCCCCUCUUAUCUCACUGCUAUGGAAAUCGCCCUCGUGCUCUCUUCGCCUGCUGUCCCCUUCACCCCCACCUCCUUCCCUCGCACACACGUGCAGGUCCCCACAGAUACAUCCGCAGCCAACUCGCUCCUCCUCCCCGCCUCCUCUCCCGCCCCUCUCUCCCCUGUCCCUCACCUUGACACUGCUGCCCUGCCCACACACGUGCAGGUCCCCACAGAUGCGUCAGCAGCCCCGGCCAACUCGCUCCUCCUCCCACCCGCCUCUCUCUCCACGCUCUCUCACGUGUGGCGAGUCCCCUCCGAUCUCACCACUGUCCCCUCAGAUGCGUCAGCAGCCCCCGCCAACUCGCUUCUCCUCCCACCCUCAACUCCCACCUCUUCCUCCCCUCUCACCUCCGUGUGGCGAGCCCCCUCCGAUCUCACUGCUGUGGAAAUCACAAUCGUGCUCUCCACGCCCGCGCUUGUCUCCCGCGUUGUGCUGCACUCGGGCCUGCCUCAGUACACGCCCCAUCACACCCCCAAGGUCCGUAUUUCCCUCAGCACCACCAUCGACCAAUCAGAGCGCACCACAAUAGGCCUCUGGGACCUCCCCUCCACAGCAGCAGCUGCCGACACCAAAUCAAAUCCACACUCCGAGCUGAUCUUAUCCUACACCCUGCCCACCGCCGCCGCCCCCUGCCGGAUGGUCUGGCUGAAAUUUCUCCUGCCCGAAGUCCGCCAGCCUGGCACUACAUCAUCCUGCAUCUGGGCUCGCAGAAUCCGUGUUUACGGGCAGAAAAUAUUCGGUGACCCGGCAGGAAUUGAUCCCGCGACCUCCGGUGGGGCUGCUGCUGUGCCCAUGGGAGCAGUCGUUGGUGGUGCCCCUGCUGCUGCUGUUGGGACUAUGGGGCCUGCAGGUGCUGCUGGUGCUGCUGGUGCUGGCGGUGCUGUCGGUGCUGCUGCUGGUGGCACGAGUAGGUGGGAGUAUCAGCAGUUUCUGGAGGCCCCAGCUCCAAUGAGCCGAUCACGGACCCCAGUGGAAGGGGAAAGAGUGUGGGCAGGAGGAAGGAUCCUGGAACUUCUCCUGCCCCUCUCCUCUCCUCCAAUCUCGGGCAUCCGACUUGACGCGCUCCCAUUGGACCGUUCCGCCGGAAUGUUUCUUUCGCUGCCCGGGGCAGCUGACGGCGGCCCGCUGGCUCGGGCAGCGCGGGGCGGGUUCAUAGAUGAGUGGGCGGCGUUCGUUGUCCCGUUCCGACUCAGGGUAUCCGCCCGGCAGGAUUCCUUUGGGCCUGCCACAGUCAUCACAGAAUUUAUUCUGCCCGCUGCCCGGCCCAACACGCCGCUCUACUUCGACUUCUCUCGACCAAUCGCAGGCAUCCGAAUCCUUUCCAUUGAGCUCAUAGGCGAUCUCUAUUCCUCCAAAGAAGAUCUUACCACCACCACCACCACCACCCCUUCCUCUUCCUCCUCUUCCUCCUCCUCCCCCUCCCCUGCUCCUAUUUCUAACCCCUCCUCUGCUACCUCUGCCGCAGCUGCCAUGUUUUCAUCUGCUUUUGGCGGUUCUGCUGCUUCAAAUGCAGUCGCUGCUACUGCUACUGGUGGUCUUGCUGCUGCUGGUGCUGGUGGUGCGUAUUCCUCUUCCGGGUUUUCUCCCAAUGCCGCUGCCACCACAGCAGCAACAGCACCAGGGGCGGAUGUAGAGGUGCCUCUGGGGCAAUUAUCGCUGGCUGGCCGUGUUCGGGCGUAUCGCUAUGCUCCUGCGGGCGACAUGGCGGGAUGGUCUCAGCUGGCUGGCGUGUGA